AAAUGUCAAAUAGUCUCUCUACAAACUGCGCCGAGAACGCGCGUCAAUCGAGAUACGAUCCGAGACUCGAAUAAAUAAUCGAAUACGAAAAAUAAUAACAACAUUAACUAAUACUAAAGAGAAAAACAAAAAACGAUCCUGUGUUCGAAUCUUGUACAUUCACAAUUUUUUUUUCAAAAAUCGAGUCGGGUUCAAUCGAUUGUUUACAGUGCAAUUCAUUGACAUUUGUAUAUUUUUGCGAUAAUCACAAGGAAAGGUGAAGCCGAGUGAAUGUGUUUACAUCGGCAUUGUAUCGGAUGACAAAAUAGUGGGAACUUGAUUUUUUUUGCGAUUGUUUUGACAGACAAUUUCCUUGUAAUUAGUCUUUCAUUGAUUGAUUGUGAGUAAUGUUAGUUUGAGUACGUGUAAAGUGCAUCAUGGGCAAUAUGUACAUGUUGUUGUGUGCAACAGUCGUCUGUUUGCUGUUGGCCGAUGUCAACACACAGGGUAAUCCAAAGCCUAAAGUUCCUCUAACGAGGUUCACGUGUCAGGGAAGAGGAUCAGGAUACUAUGCUGAUGUCGACACUGGGUGUCAGGUGUACCACAUGUGUGACGGGCUGGGUCGUCAGUUCAGCUACAAGUGCCCCAACAUGACGCUGUUCCAACAACGCAUGCUCAUCUGCGACCACUGGUACAUGGUCAACUGCUCCAUGUCCGAACGGGAUUAUACUGCUAACCUGCUUAUUGGUCAACGCGACAAGCCGUUCGUAUCUGACGAUGAGAUGCGUCUGCGCACGCCGCGUCCCGACAUUCUGUCCGCGCCGCCGUACAACCCCUACUAUGACGUGCUGAGGGAGGCUGAAUCACAGUUCCCUGCGCUCCCAAGCAACAGUAUCGUGGGUGUAGCUAACUCCAUUUCUGACGGAGACAACAAUGACCUGGACAGCGGCAAGAGGAACUACCGCCCCCCUACAGGCUGGUCCACCGGUCGCAAGAAUCGCGUCAGGCCCACCGCCAGCCCCAACACGAACUUCGCUUCCAGAGACUUCGAUAACCUCGAUGAAGCAGCCUCGCAAGAACCCGAUGCAACCUUCAGGCCAACACCUAGCAUUAACUUAACACAGAUCAACCCUAGACUAAGCGUAACCCCACCAUCAAUUGACCUAGUACCCCCUCCAGCACCAACGAAGGCGUCAGAAAAACCUAACGAUAACCAAUCAGAAGAUUCUGUUUUCAAAUUCAUCAAACGCUUCGAUCCAACAUCACCUGAUGUUCACCAAACUGCUAUGUCUAGAUCUGAGAUCAUUGACCUAAAUGGUCAUCUACCAGCUGGACCAGCCAACUCCGAAGAGGAUAGAACUCCCAGGAAACACAAAAACUUCGGCAAUAGUUUAAAUACUUUCGAAACAGACAACGACAAGUCAUUCACUGAAGGAUCUAGGUUUGAUUCAGUCAACACUAAAUCUAGUGUGACUACCGAAGAACCUAUUGCUAAAGACCAAAAUGGUAAUAUUAUCCCAGCACCUGAUAGAGUUCUAUUACCACCUAAGGAAGACACUGCAGCAAUCCCAUCUACGACCGUAGGCCCUCCAAUUUACUACGAAUGGAAGUGGGCAGUCCCGGCCUUCGACCUAGUACCUCCAAAAGAAGGUAACAAAACCAAUGGUACCAACAUACAGCAGACCAGGUCGAUACAAGGGAAGAGUCCGUUCAGCAGCGUCACGAGACCUGAACCAAAGACCACGACUCCUUUACCAAGCAACACGGAAUAUAACAUAAGUUCGUACUUCAUUCCUGAUUACGUCUUUCCACUGGAUAAGGCGCAUCCAGGGUACGAGAGCGAUGAUGCUGAGACCUCUUUUCAAGUCAAAAUAAGGCCUGGGAGGCAGAGCUUUGGGGAGAACCCCAAGUGUCCCCAAUGCCACCCUGCUUACCUCAAAGAGGGGACUUGCGAACCUUGUAUAGUUAAACGGUAACCAAUUCAGAGUCUUCUAAAAUAAUUUUAAGUCCGUUAAACUGUCACCGAAGAUAUUCUAAAUGUAUUGUUGUUUCAUUUACCUAUUUCACGAUAGGCGAAUGAUUUUUGCAUAUUUUUUAUUUCUUCUUACAAUGUAGUAAGUUAUUAACUGUUAUUUUUAGUUUUAAAAGCCAUAUUGUUACAAAAUACUGUUGGUGCGUUAUGUGUCAGAUUAACCAGAUUUGUGUUUAUGUUAAACACAAAUGUAUGCUCCGUUAACUUUAUACAAUGCUAACCUCUAGAAUUUUACAUGAUGGUGUACUAAUGAGCUAUUUCUUUAAAUUCGAAUACACUAACUUUUCGCGCUAUCCUACCCAGUGUAAAUAUAGGUAAUAUAGUAAUUUUAAGAUUACAUUGUUUACCUCCUUUUGUAAAAAAGUUGUGUUUAAACUUCUUUCUUUUUUUCUGAUAUUCCAAAUGGAACGUUCGGUAAGAGUUUAUUUGUAAGAAAAUGCCAUCGAUCGAUAAACAAGCUCUGCGCAAAUUAUAAAAUUAUUUUGUUCAAUUUAAUAAAAAAAUCAUAGUUACCAUGUCUACCUAAUCAUAAAAAUGUAAAAUACUAGAACCUACUUAUAAACCCCCAGUAAAGUAGUUUUAGAUUAGAGAAUAUUUAUACAUAAUUUUUAUACACGUGCCUAUACUAGGGCAUGCAAUUACGGUAAAACAAAAAUUACCGGUAAAAAUUCGGUAAUAAAAAUAUUUUUACCGGUAAACCGGUAAAACGGUAAUUUUUUAACUUUUUUUAAAUGUGAUAUUAUAACAAUAAGAUUGGGUAGUCUUAAAGCAAAAACUAAAUAAAUAUGCAAAGAAUAAGGUGGUAAACGUUUUUUGUGACGUGAGCCGUAACAAAAAACAUGUCAGUACCAUCCGUACGCGAUGUCGCCGACAAAAUGCAAGAGAAACGGCUGCGAUGGUACGGACAUGUAAAAAGGAGUGACGCCUGAGGACAUCGGCAGUGUGAAUGUGAUAUUCAAUCUCAUGUACCCGGUCAAAGGCGCAAUGGCAGGCCGAAACCGUGGUGGUUGACAUGAAAAUCUGCGAACUCGAAAAGGAAGAUGUCUAUUCAGGAGGAUAGAGCGAAGUGGAAGAAGGAAGAUACGGAAAGCCGACCCCGUGACAAGACGGGAUAAACGCUAAGAAUUAAAGUAAAAAAAUAUAUUUUUCAUUGAAGUGAAAGCCCUUUUUUAUGGUAAAUCAUCAAAUGACAGACUCUUUCUGUCUAAAACCCAUGUUUUUUAGUUGGCGUUUUAUGGACCAGGGUCGCGGUAACUCUUUCGAACAAUCCCGUGGCCCCGGCAGGCCUUGGCCCUGCUGGGCCCCACUGGGUUUACUGACAUCUCCCUGAGGAGCCCGUGGAACAACGCGCGCCGCUGACACUGGUCUGUUGUCUAUGCAGACGGUGGAACGAUGAGCCACCCGAACUCACCGCCCACAGACCGACGCCUACGGUGGCCGGGAGUCGUCUCUCGACCCUUGGCGCCCGUGGUAUCUUCCUGGUCCACUACAGCGGCUGGGAUGAGAGUUGCUACUCGCAGUCGCUCCGCCGUCUCCUUCUCGAGCAUGACUGCUUCGCAGAAGGAGGCGACGGCUUCCCAUUCCCUCUAGCUCCGGACCAUGGCUUGAACCAGGGAAGGACGCGAAAGGUCGCCGCUGCUUAUUGCCUCGACGACAACACGGCGGUACCCUUCCCAGGCAGUGCACACCUGGACUGUGUGCUCCACCGUGUCCUCAGAGCUGUCCGCAUGGUAGUGAAGUAAAAGCCGUUGCUCAGUAAGGUCAUAGAAUAGGUAAAAUAAGCAUUAGCUACAUUGUACCUAUUAUGAGCUGACAGCUAUGAGGAAAAACAAAAUAACCGAAUGAAUACAAUUUGUUUAGAUUUUAUAAAUUAAGAUAAGAAAGAAGAUUUGUAUCUAACCUAGAGAUAGUUAAGGACACACAAGUUCACUUUCCUAAAAAACAGCAACUUUAACACUCUAACACUACGUAAUGUAUGCAACAAUACAUUAUAUUCAGGCUACAUAACAAAGAUUUGACGUUAAAUGAACAAUUGCUAUAUUUUAUCAGAAAAACGUAAAAACCGGUAAAUUACCGGUUUCUUAUUAUUUUUACCGGUAAUUUAAAACUCGCAAAAAUGGGCGAUUUACCGGUAAAAACGAAACCGGUUAACCGGUAUUGCAUGCCCUAGCCUAUACAUACAUGCCUAAUUUAAGUUAGUUUUAUAUUAAUAAAAUAUAAUUACAACAAAAAUUG